UUAAUACAGGGUACGAGGUGGCAGGUGAUUGAAAUGAUUAUUGAAAUGAGUUGUCUCUAGUUAAAAGCUCUACUCAUCUGAGAGUUGGGGAUACUUCAAUAUUAUUUUUAAUUCUUUCAGAAUAAAUCCUCUCCACUCUGUGUGGUGGCACAUGCUUGUAAUCCCAGUACUUGCUAGGCUGAGGCAAGAGGGUCGCCUUGAGUUUGAAGCCGGCCUGAACUACCUAGCAAGACCCUGUUUCAAAAGAAAGAAAGAAAAGCCUCUAGUGUUACUUGGUUUGCACAGUUUCUUUGCUCACUGUAACAGUCAUUAAUAAAAUAGUGUUAAUAGGAGGCCUACUGCAUAUGAGACCUGUGCCAGGGCCAACCCAGGCCCCAUGGGUUCGGCAAGCCAUGGCCCAUGAUAGGGUCCACCUCAUGUGUCUACUGGGAGAUUUGGUCAUGAAACAAAUCCCUGCACAAAGACCAGUAGUCGUGCUGUGGAGGCAGGUUUUGAUGGGAGUGAACAACCGGAUGUGUGAACAGAGGUCUCUCCCUGCACAGAGCACACAGUGCAUGAAACACAGUUCUUAAAAAGUGCUCUCGGUUAGGCAUGGGUAAUGGAAGCUAGAGCGUGACUAGACUGAGGGCAAGCACACUUUAUGAGGAAAGCAGGUAGGAGACGCACUUUGGGGAGAACAGCAGCCGGGCAGGUGGGCAGGUGGGCAGGCGGGGGGGGGGCAUGUCCACCCCUGCCUCUGCUCACUGGGAGGAUCUGCGGAAGCCCCUCUUGUGCCCUUGGCAUGGACCUGCAAGGAGCUCACUGGCCACUGCUGAAAGCGGUCUCCUGCCCCAAGACUUCCUAUCGGCCGCCGUGGCCAUGUGCUGUCUGGGGACAUUGGACACGUUGGAGACCCUCUGAAAGGAGCAUUCACGAUGCCAUUCAGAACGUCUAGUUCAGGGUGCAUUCUGAAUCGGAUCACACAAGAAGCUCUUUGUGGCCUUCAGCAGCUGCAGAGAGAAGAGCUGGUUUUGGGGGCUGGGGCUGGGGUGCCCAGCACUGGUUCCGUGGAGCCGUGAUGUUCAGAGCUGGAGUAAGCCCACGCAGGAGGAGGUCGGGCUGUAUGGAUGAAGGGGAAAGGGAGGCUACAGGGAGAGAAGUGAAUUCUGUCUGUUUCGGCUUGGGGUAUCGCCACGUGCUUCCCCCUGUGGAGGUGGCCAGGGAUUUAUCUUAAUAAUGAACGUGAUAUAUUGUGCGGAGUCCGUGGCGGAUCUUGCUCUCCAGUGGGGUGCCGUUGCGGUUUCCAACUUAGAUGAGGAGAGUCGCUGGACAGUCCACUACACGGCUCCGUGGCACCAGCAGGAGAAUGUGUUCCUUCCCAGCACAAGACCCGCCUGCGUGGAGGACCUGCACCGCCAGGCCAAGCUCAACCUCAAAUCGGUGCUGAGGGACUGUGAAACGCUGAGGUGGGAUGGCUACCGGAGCCCUCAGUACUACUCUCAGGGACCCUGCUUGGCGGCCCAGCCCAGCCCGCUCUGUGAUGAGUAUCAGGAUGAGGAUGCAGACACGGAUCAAAAGUGUUCUGUUUCUUCAUCAGAGGAUGAAAAACUUCCUGGCGUCAGGAGACCAAAAACUCCAAACUCAGGUGACUUUUCAGACCUUAACACUCAGACAAACUGGACCAAGUCACUGCCCCUGCCAACACCAGAAGAGAAGAUGCGACAGCAGGCACAGACAGUCCAGGCUGACGUGGUUCCUAUUAACAUCACUGGGGAGAAUUUCGAUCGCCAGGCCAGCCUUCGGCGGUCUCUAAUUUACACAGACACUCUGGUAAGACGACCGAAGAAAGUCAAAAGGCGAAAGACUAUUACAGGAGUCCCUGACAGCAUUCAGAAGGAGCUAGCAUCGGGCACUGGCCAGGAUGAGGCCAGUGGUCACUCAGGAUACUCCCCAGACCACUACUCCACGCGAGGAAGGCUUGAUAGCUAUCACUGUGCUGGACAGCGCUCAGAAACCAGGGACUCCAGUUGCCAGACCGAGGAUGUGAGAGUUGUGCCACCCUCCGUGAGAAGAAUCAGGGCCCACAAGGGGCUGGGCAUUGCCACUCAAAUGAGCCCCUUCUCGGGCUCCUCCGGCAACAUGUCUGUGCUGAGCGACCCGGCUGGUGUCGUGUUCCCUUCCCGCCUCCACAGUGAUGCUGGCUUCCAUAGUCUCCCACGUUCUGGUGCCAGGGCCAGCGCACACUCCCUGGGUACACUGGACCCCACAGAAGAUGUAGACGGCUCCUUCUCCUACCAGAGGGGUAACUCACAAGGAGACAACAACUUUGGACCUGUAGGAGGUGCCUUGAGGUCAGGAACAUUUUUCAGACCCAAAUCCCAGGAGCUGAGGCACUUUGAGAGUGAGAAUGUAACCAGCCCAGCAUGCAUGGUCUCUCCACAUGCCACCUACUCCACCAGCCUCAUCCCCAACGCCACCCUCUCAUCGUCUUCAGAUGUCAUCAUUCUUCACACCGCUCCAAGUGCAGGACAGCUGGACGGCAGGAUGACCAGCUCGUCCUCAUGCUUGAGGAUAAAACCCAAAGACCACCUCCUCUCCAGACACAGUGUAAGAGCUGACCACCACCCUUGUCACCACUGGAGCGAUGGCCAUUCCUCCAUCUAUUCACAGCCUUUCAACUCCCAUUCCCACAGUGUCACUACACUGCUGCCCACCUGUGACUCAGAGGUGUCUCCUCAUGGAUCCCAAGCCAUGCAUUAUAACUGCAGAAACACCCUGAGUUUUGCAGUCCAUCCCCAGGAUGUGGAUGGCAAGAGUGAGUCCAGCUCUUCUGGGAGCAGAGGACAGGGCAGCAUGGAGCCGUGGGACUACAGGGCUUCCAGCAGCGGGCGGACAUCCCCCUUGAAGUCCCAUCUGGCUGUCCCUGGCUAUUCCACUCCCACGAGUAACCAGAGCAGCUGCAGUUUGGACCAGGCAUCCAUCAAAGAGGAUGCAGGGUCCCUGUAUUCUGAGGACCAUACUGUCUGCUACAAGUCUGUGCACAAUGACUCCGGAUGUGGCUUUGGGAAUCCCAGGCACAGCGUGGUCAAUGUUUUUGAAGGAAGAGCUCACAAAAGCCCAGGGGACCAGUCAGGUUACCAUGGUAAAUCCCUUGCGAGAAACAUCUCUCUGAAGAAAGCCAAGAAGCCUCCCCUGCCUCCUUCUCGGACGGACUCUCUCCGCAGGAUUCCCAAGAAUAGUGGCCAGUCAAACGGGCAGGUGCUCAACGAGAGCCUGAUCGCCACACUCCAGCAGUCGCUGCAGCUGAGCCUUCCUGGCAAGGGUGGCAGCUCGGCCUCACAGAGCCCCUGCAGUGACUUUGAGGAGCCCUGGCUGUCCCGCUCCCGGAGCCAGAGCACAGUCAGCGCUGGCAGCAGCAUGACCUCCGCCACCACCCCCAACGUGUACUCCUUGUGCGGAGUCACACCAUCGCAGAGCGACACAAGCAGCAUCAGGUCGGAGUACACAGACCCCUGGGGUUAUUACAUUGACUACACAGGGGUGCAGGAAGAGCCCGGGAACCCAGCAGGACACUGCUCAGCCAGCGGUGGAGCCCCCACUGGGAAUGGGCCAGUCCGCCACCUCCAAGAGGCAUCCAGAGCCACAAUCCCCCAAGUGCCUAGUGGCUGUGCCAAACCAAAGGUCACAUCGCCAGAGAAGUCCCAGAGAGUCACUUCUCCAUCCAGCGGGUAUUCCAGCCAGUCGAACACACCCACCGCACUCACCCCUGUGCCUGUGUUUUUAAAAUCAGUGUCCCCAGCCAAUGGGAAGGGGAAGGCCAAGCCCAAGGUUCCAGAAAGGAAGUCCUCUCUGAUCUCCUCAGUGUCCAUGUCCUCCUCAUCCACAUCUCUGUCCUCUAAUACAUCCACUGAAGGUGGGGGCACAGUGAGGAAGCUGGAUGCAGCCCCAGCCUUGCCCCCCCUCGCUCCUCCCCUCCCUCCUGUCCCAGCCUCAGGUCCUGCGGACAAGUCUCCCCUUCUUCCCCCGCCUCCCCCUGUAGCAGAUGGCCCUGGGGGCUCCCCUCUGCCUCCCUCGCCUGUGUUUCCCCCUCCACCCCCAGAAGUGCUCACCCUCUCCUGCUCCCAGCCUGACGGGUGCCUCCCCCCAACCCCCACAGCACUGAGCCCCUUUAUUCCAGAGCCACCGGCUUCCUUGCCAGCACCCCCACCUUUCCCAUCCUCCUUGGAGCCCCCACCUGCCCCUCCCUUGGACCCCAAAUUCAUGAAAGACAUGAGGCCUUCUUUCAGAAACUCUGGGCCAGUGGAAUCCUCCCGGGAGGCCUUGAGGCCACCUUUGAACAAGGAGGAGAGUGCCAGGCCCACCAUGCCCUUGAUCACUACAGAAGCACUGCAGAUGGUACAGCUGAGGCCAGUGAGAAGGGGCUCGGGGGCCGACGUGGCACCAUCGCCUGAACCAGCAGCUCAAGAACAACGAACUCCGACUGUUCCACAGUAUCACUUAAAGCCAUCUGCUCUCCUAAAAUCCCGAAAUAGCAUAAAUGAAAUGGAGAGUGAAAGCCAGCCUGCCUCUGCGACUAGCUCCCUUCCAACGCCUGCCAAGAGCCCGAGUCAGGGUGACCGUGACAGUGCAGCCGAGCAUGGCGGUCCUGCAAGCCGCAGCCCUGGAGCUCCGUGUCCUGCGCCAGGCACUGGGGAGGCAGAGCCUGGGCCUGGCCUCAGGAGCACCCCACUCCCAGACUCUUCACCCAGCAGGAAGCCGCCCCCCAUCUCCAAAAAGCCCAAACUGUUCCUGGUGGUACCACCUCCGCAGAGAGAUUUCACCGCCGAGAAUGUGAGUGAAGCCUUGGGAGAUGUGCCCAGCCCCACCAGGGCAGAGGAGGGCUCUGCACACAGCAAAGAGGCACAGGAGAGCUCUGCGGCUGGAGCUGGUUCUCAUGCCACGGGCCCUGGCAGCUCGGGGCUGGAGGGAGGAGCUGCAGGGUUUGAGUCUCUCAGUAGAGUGGAAACCAAUGCCCCCAUGGUACAGCCCGAUGCCUCGCCAGCCCCCACGCAGGAAGAGCCCCCUGGGGACAGUGUGGGCAGUGCAGAGACCUGCCCUUCUCAACAGGAUGGAGAAGCUGGGGUACAGGAGGCACACGCAGCAGAGCCCUCCUCAGAAGCCUGUGACUUCUUCCACAAAGAUGACAGUGAGGAGGUGACAACCCCCACGAGACCCAGGACCACCGAAGACCUUUUUGCAGCCAUUCACAGAUCCAAAAGGAAAGUCCUUGGCCGGAGAGACUCUGAGGACGACCACUCGCGCAACCAUUCUCCCUCCCCACCAGUGACCCCCACGGGCACCGCGCCCAGCCUGGCCUCCCCCAAGCAAGUGGGCUCAAUCCAGAGGAGCGUGCGCAGGAGCAGCACCAGCAGCGACAACUUCAAAGCCCUGCUGCUCAAGAAGGGCAGCCGCGCGGACACCAGCGCCCGCAUGUCGGCGGCCGAGAUGCUCAGGCACACGGACCCCCGCUUCCAGAGGUCCAGGUCGGAGCCCGCGCCCGACGCCCCCGAGAGCCCGUCCAGCUGCUCGCCCAGCAAGAGCCGCAGGGCGCAGGAGGAGUGGGCGCGCAGCGAGGGCCCCAUGCCUCGCAGCCUGUCCUUCUCCGGGCCCCGCUACUGCCGCAGCCGGACGCCGCCCUCCGCGGCCAGCAGCCGCUACAGCGUGCGCAACCGCAUCCAGAGCAGCCCGAUGACCGUCAUCUCCGAGGGCGAGGGCGAGGCCGUGGAGGCCACCGACCCGAGGGCGCGGCGCGCCAAGUCGGGCGCCUCGGACCAGGACAGCCAGGGCAGCCAGGGCGGAGAGGUGCCCGAUGCCUCCUUGGGGCCUCGGACUCCCGGGCCGGCAGACGAGGGCGGGGACCCCUCAGAGCCCCCUGAAGGUGUUGGCCAGGAGCAGAGUCAGGGCCCGAGCUAGACCGCUGCUCGGGGCUGCUGUGCCCUCGGAGCCCAGGGAACCAACUGAGGUGGCAUCCCUGACCCUGCUCGUGGUGGGCGCCAGUGCUGCGAGGCAUUUAGAACUCACUGCCCACUUGUGUGUGGCUUGAACGCAAGUAGAAGCUUCAACUUCUGAAAGUGCUUCCUGGGGAAGAUUUUUUUUCUUGCUGAAAUGCUGGGUGUUUGUGUGCAAUUGGAACACUUUUAACAGAUACACAAACACUGUAUACAGAAAUAGAAAGCGUUAUGUAGGCGGUGGAGCCCUCUGGACAAGGUGGUUUCAAAGCAUGAUGUGUGUGGAAAUUAGGCAGCUCCCCAAGAAGGGGGUACAGGUGAAGGAGGGGACAGAUACCCGGACCUCAGGGCACAGUGCAGGCUGUUCAGUGAGGCGAACUGGGGAGCAGGAAGCAGCUAGCAAAGGGCUCAGUGACUCAUGGGUUCAGGUACUUUUUUCUGGGGGAAAAGGCUUUGUUUCUUUUUUGUAAAAACGACAAAACACGGAAGUGGCAAUGCUCUACUCGGUGCCUGCAGCUUUCAGCCCGGUGUGGGCGGUUUUUAAAGGGUUCUCCUCCUGGGGCAGCAGCCCAGACCGACCCAGAGCCGGUCGUGAUGGACAGCCAGGGAGACAGGGCAGGCGGAAGAGAUCCACUGCUGGGAUUUGUUUCUUGCUUACUAAAUAAAAUUAUUUUCAGAAUUAAAUUUGAAAAAUUGCACUACAACACUGUGGGCAAAGCUUUUCCAAGAGUCUUUCUUCCUCCCCAUUUUUCUUUUUUACUAGAGCUGAAACUUCCAUUUGGCAAUUUCUUACCACGUCAACAUUUGCUAACUUUUGGAUAUCCUUUUGGUCACACCAAAGAAAACACAAAACUAUGGCUAUGUUUUUCCUUGAACUCCCUGCAGUCUCACACCCUAAUUUAGAAAGGUUUACCAAAAUCUAUUAUUAUUAUCGUACUUGGAAGAAAGUGCUGAGCGGCUCUUCUUAGUCAAAUAAACUGAUAACUGAUAAAACAUUUGUAAGGCUUGGCUAUUAAUUAGCCCUGGGAGAUGAGUUUUUAGAUUAAAAAGAUUUUCUUUUUGCAGUAUUUGGUUUGUGUGUUUUUAUAUUUGUUUGUAAAUGAGUUGCUAACUGCCAUCUAAUCUUCUCCAAUCCAAGUUUCUAUACUUUUCAACAUGGGAAAAAGUGUAUAUUUAUUUUAAUGUAAUAUUUGUAUGAUUCUCACUCUGUCCCAUCCAGAGAGUCCUGUUUUCAUCAUCAGAAGGGCCUAGGGUGACUCUACUGAGAUCCUUAGUUUAGACACAGUGCAGUUUUUGCCCAUUGUCUUCUAUUUUGCUAUGAAAAUGUCAUCUGAAUGUUGGACUGCACAGGUCCAUUCCGCAUAAAACUUAUGAGAAAUAAAACUUCUGAUAAAUUAAGUCUCUUUUCCUUCUCUGAGGAAAACAAAACCUUACUUUUUACAUAGGACCUGAUCUACCAGACAUGGGUGUAUGCCUGUAAUCCCAACACUCAGGCGGCUGAGGCAGGAGGAUUUCUGUGAGUUCAAGGCCAGCCUGGGGCUACAUAGUGAGACUAUCUCAAAAAAAAAAAAAAGGACCUGAUGUUUGACCACAGGUACAAGGGCUUUUGCCCUUCGGGGGCAGUUGUCUACAACAUGGGGCACACAGAUCACUUCUUGUGAAUUUUAGAAAAGUAGUGGUGGCUUCUGAUUAUGAAGUCUUCCCAUAGAAACUUUAAAAAAAAUUAGAAUGUAUAUGGCUAUCAGAAAUUUUGAACUUAAUAUAUAAAUCAUUUAUUUGAAGGUUAGAUAAGCAACAUUAAAACUAAUGAUAAAAACCAUUAAAGAAUCCCUUUUUUAAAGAUACACAUUUUUAAAUUUGCAUUAAAUAAAGCCAUUGUAAAGUCA